AUGGCGCCAUCUAUCUACAUCGACGAGGACGUCGGGCAUGACGACGCCUCCGCCGCCGGCACCGAGGCCGCUCCCUACAAGACCCUUAUCCAUGCCUUCGUGCAGCACGCCCCUACCACUGCGGGCAUUCAGUACCUCACGCGCAAGUCGCAGACAGACGCAGCCGGCGAGGAUGUCGACCCUGCCGCCAAGCUGGAGUGGAAGCCGGCGACCAAGUCGGCGAUGAAGAAGGCGACCAACCUGUGGGAGCAGCGCAAGAAGAAGGCCGCCAAGGAGCAGGAGCUGGCCAUCCGCGAGAAGGCCGAGGCGGACAAGCGGCACAAGGUGCUGGAGGAGGCGAAGAAGGUGGUCAUCACCGAGGACGCCUCGCUGCCCAAGCCCGUCCGCAUCCGCCUGGACGUCACCGACCCAGCCGUCGUCCAGCUGCGCACGACCGAGUCCGACGUCCCGGGCACCCGCGUCCGCGUGCUGGGCCGCGUGCACCGCAUGCGCGCGCAGAAAGACUACGUCUUCCUGACCCUCUCCGACGGCUACGGCUACCUCCAGUGCAUCCUGACCGGCGACCUGGUCAAGACGUACGAUAUCAUGACGCUGACGCUGGAGACCUCCAUCGCCAUCCACGGCGAGAUGCGCGCCGUCCCGCCGAAGCAGCAUGCCCCCCACAACCGCGAGCUGCACGCCGACUUCUUCACGAUCAUCGGCCGCGCGGCCGGCGACAAGGAGGCCAUCACCACGCGCGUGGCGCCGGACGCCGACCCGCAGACCCUCUACGACAACCGGCACCUGGUGCUGCGCGGCGAGACCUCCUCGUCCGUGAUGAAGGUGCGCGCCGCCACGCUGCGCGCCUUCCGCAAGACCUUUGAGGAAACCCGCAUGCUGGAGGUGACGCCCCCCGCCAUGGUGCAGACUCAGGUCGAGGGCGGCAGCACCCUGUUCGGCUUCGACUACUACGGCGAGAACGCCUACCUCACCCAGUCCUCCCAGCUGUACCUGGAGACCUGUCUCCCCUCCCUGGGCGACGUGUACUGCGUGUGCCCGUCGUUCCGCGCCGAGAAGUCGCUGACCCGCCGCCAUCUGUCCGAGUACACGCACAUCGAGGCCGAGCUGGACUUCAUCACCUUCACCGACCUGCUGGACCACCUGGAAGCCACCAUCUGCCGCGUCAUCGACCUGCUGCUGGAGGACCCGGAGGCGUCGCGCUAUAUCGCCACGCUGAACCCGGACUUCAAGCCGCCGGCGCGCCCGUUCAAGCGCAUGAAGUACUCCGAUGCCAUCGACUGGCUGCGUGAGCACGACAUUCCCAACGAGGAGGGCCAGCCGCAUUCCUUCGGCGACGACAUCGCCGAGGCGGCCGAGCGCAAGAUGACGGAUAUCAUCAACCAGCCCAUCUUCCUGACGCACUUCCCCGCCGAGAUCAAGGCGUUCUACAUGAAGAAGGAUGAGUCGGAUCGCCGGGUCACGGAGAGCGUUGAUGUGCUCAUGCCGGGCGUGGGCGAGAUUGUCGGCGGCAGCAUGCGUAUGGAUGAUUGGGAUGAGCUGAUGAGUGCGUAUAAGCACGAGGGCAUGGAUCCGAAGCCGUACUACUGGUACACUGAUCAGCGCAAGUACGGUACCUCUCCGCACGGCGGCUACGGUCUCGGCCUGGAGCGCUUCCUGGCCUGGCUGUGCGCCCGGUACACCGUGCGCGACUGCUCGCUCUACCCGCGUUUCACGGGCCGCUGCACGCCUUGA